GCUACAUUUGCAUUGCGUGUAUGGGGAUCAGUCCGGCUGAUGAACCACAAAUAAUGUUUACUGGGGUCGUGUUUGCGAAGCACGAUUGUACAUGAUGCGGGCAUCACACAAUAUAGAUAAUGAAGACCAAAAUGAGACUCUUGAGAGAAAUCCGAGCUGCUGUUUCUGCCAGAUAAUGUCUCCCAAGUUACAAGUAAAAAGGAACGUGACAUCACGGCUGACUAAGCAAGGUGCCUCAGGCAAUCAAUCUACUGCUCCGCUGGACACGGAGCUCCUCCUUUCACCUUGACCUCUGUCAAGCUUCGCAUUCCCCCGCGAUUGAUGCCAACAACUCCCUCUCCCGCACAGAUAUGAUAUAGAACCCUUGGAUACAAUUGGCGCAUCAUGGCGCUGGAGGUAUCCAGCGGUUAUGCCGCUCCCAGUAACUUGAUUGAACCUCCAGGUUCCUUCCCCCCCAUGUUCGAGGUUCGAAACGUCCAGCUCCAGUUCUCGUUGGCUGCCGAUUUCGUUGCUGCGCAAGUGGCCAACAAUGUUCUCAUUCUGGCCCUGGCUACAGGGCGCAUCCUCCGUAUUGACUUGGAUGCCCCUGAGGAUAUUGAUGAUAUCGACCUCCCAAAGAAAUCGUCAGAGAUAGGAGUCAUUCGUCGGAUGUUCCUCGACCCGUCAGCAUCCCACCUGAUUAUUACCACGACGCUAGGCGAGAACUACUACCUACACAGUCAGUCAAGGCAGCCCAAGCUAUUGUCGCGCCUCAAGGGUGUUUCGAUCGAAUAUGUUGCAUGGAAUCCCUCAUUGCCGACAGCUUCUACCAGAGAAAUUUUGCUGGGUACGACAGAUGGCCAGGUUUGGGAGGCCUACAUUGAACCGUCAACUGAAUUCUAUCGCCGCGAGGAGAGAUAUGCCAGCUCAAUCUACCGAACCGCGGAUGGAUCUCCCGUGACAGGUGUCUGGGUUGAAUCAGUGCCCGUUAAAGGCGAACAGAGACGGGUGCUGGUGGCUACACAUGCUCGGUUAUCGUGCUUCUUAGGGAGAACUGGCAGGUCGGGCAAGGAAGGUGGGGGCCCCGUGUAUGCCGACCUUUUCCAGAGAGAAACUCCCGUAGUUCAUGAGAUUGCAAAGCCAUCUAGCUCCGCACCGUCGGUGUUGGUUACCUCGCCCACGGCCGCGGAUUCUCCCGGUGCGGAUGGCCAACUCGAGAAGGAGUUUGCAUGGCUUACUUCCCAAGGCGUGUAUCAUGGACGACUACCAUAUUCAUUGGAAAAGCUGAGCCAGCCGUUUGAGAAUGCGAGUAUGCUUCCGCGGACCAUGUUCCCGGCUACCGAAUCCUCUCGGGGUGGCAAGAAGCUGAUUCAAGAUCCAAUCGCGGCCAUCACACUCUCAGAGUGGCACGUGUUGGUCCUUGUUGAAGGCAGAGUGCUUGCUGUGAACCGUAUGAGCGAAGAAAUUGUCUACGAUCAACUGGUUCUCGAACCAGGGCAGAGUGCAUUAGGUCUUUUGACAGAUGCAAUGAAACAGACGUAUUGGCUUUUUACCAAGCGGGAGAUCUUUGAAGUCUGUGUGCAAGAUGAAGACAGAGAUGUCUGGAAAUUUUUCCUCCAGAAAGAGAUGUUCGACCAGGCUCUCCAGUAUGCCCAUACUAGUGCUCAAAAGGAUGCCGUUGCAACGGCUUCCGGUGACUUUCUUGCCAGCAAGGGUCGUUAUUUGGAAGCGGCCAAGGUUUGGGGCAAGAGUAGUAAAGGGUUUGAAGAAGUAUGCCUGACCUUGGUCAAGCGUGGUGAGCACGAUGCCCUCCGAAAGUACCUGCUGUCCCAGCUAUCGGUGUAUAAAAAAUCCUCUUCAAUGCAAAGGACCAUGGUCGCAAGCUGGCUGAUAGAGGUUUUCAUGACAAAGUUGAACUCUCUUGACGAUAAUAUAACUACCAAAGCGGAAUUGGCGCAGGGGGCAAGCACUGAGGAGAUCCAAAAUGAGCUCCGUAGUGUUCGAAGUGAAUUUCAAGAGUUUGUGACCAAGUACAAGUCUGACCUGGAUCAAAAGACGGUGUACGAUAUCAUUAGCAGCCAUGGUCGUGAGGAAGAACUGUUGUUCUUUGCGACUGCGAUCAACGACCAUAACUAUGUUCUGUCGUAUUGGAUCCAGCGUGAAAAUUGGGCAGAAGCUCUCAACGUUCUCCAGAGACAGAGUGAGCCCGAGGUAUUCUACAAACACAGCAGUGUUUUGAUGACCCAUACAGCAACUGGGCUGGUUGACAUUCUGAUGCGACAAACUAACCUUGAGCCGGAGAAGCUCAUACCGGCGCUGUUGAACUACAAUAAAUCCGUAAAUGGUCCGCUGAAUCAGAAUCAAGCGGUUCGAUACCUGAACUUUAUAAUCUUCAAUCAUCCAAGACCUUCAGCCGCUGUACACAAUACUCUCAUUUCGAUCCAUGCUUCUAGUCCUGCGUCUUCUGAAGCAGGGCUUCUCACAUAUCUCCAGUCGCAAUCGUCCUCCCCGCCUCCAUAUGAUGCUGAUUUUGCUCUUCGUCUUUGCAUUCAACAUCAACGGAUACAGUCAUGCAUUCAUAUCUAUAGUGCCAUGGGGCAAUAUCUGCAGGCUGUUGAGCUGGCCCUGGAACACGAAGAUAUUGAGCUGGCGGCCAUAAUUGCCGACCGACCGGAAGGAAACAAUAAACUCCGGAAGAAGCUCUGGCUUCUGGUCGCCGAGAAGAAGAUCCGGCAGCCAGGUACAGGGAUUAAGGAUGCCAUUGAGUUCCUCCGUCGAUGCGAAUUGCUACGCAUUGAGGAUCUGAUUCCAUUCUUCCCCGAUUUUGUCGUCAUUGACGAUUUCAAGGACGAGAUCUGCAGCGCCCUGGAGGACUACUCCCGACACAUCGAUACUCUACGUCAGGAAAUGGACAACUCCGCGCAAACCGCGCGUCAAAUCCGGUCAGAGAUCGCAGCUCUAGAUACACGAUAUGCGAUUGUUGAGCCAGGUGAGAAAUGCUGGCUCUGUUCACUUCCUGUCCUUAGCAGACAGUUCUUCGUUUUCCCUUGUCAGCAUGCUUUCCAUAGCGACUGCCUUGGACGGGAAGUACUCGAAGGAGCAGGGGGGAAGAGGAAGUACAUUCGCGAUUUGCAAACACAGUUGAACGGCGGUAAUAUUCCCUCUUCUCGUCGCGAGGAGAUAGUGAGGGAAUUAGACGGCCUGAUAGCAGAAGCUUGUAUUCUCUGUGGUGAUCACGCGAUUAAACAAAUCGAUAAACCAUUCAUCACCUCUUCUGAUAAUGUCGAUGAAUGGGCUCUAUAGUCUACAGACACGAAACAUCAAUGCGAUACUUUAUCAUUAUCGCCCUCAUCCCCCCCCCCCC